CCGUCCUUUUUUGUUCCACUGUUUGUACGGAGACUGACACUAUUUCGUCCCUAUGUCCUCAAUCAGAGGCUUUUGACCUCGACUCGCGUUCAGGCGAGCGAAGAAUCUUGUCUCCAUGGAAGGAGAGAAUCACAUUGCUCUCUGUACUCAGUGCGGCCACUCUGUCUCUGUCGACCCAUCCCAUCUCCUCACAGAACUUGACGCGCUUCAAUCCAUCCGCGACGGUCAGAUACCCUCCGAGUCCUCAUGCCGCGCGCACAACGCGGCCGCGAGUGUAGUCGAGUCACAAAUCGAGGAGCUAGAUAGCGUUCUCGAGCGGCUUAGAGCGCUGACCGAGAAGGUGCAAGGAUACCGCGACCGGCUCGCUGAAUUCUCUGAGCAGCAGCGUGCGCUCGCGGCGCCGGUUCGACGUGUUCCGCCCGAGCUCUGGGAGAACAUUUUCCGAUACGCCUGCGCUCAAACGACCCUCUCAUAUCCCCUAGAGAGCGAAAUGCUCACCGCGCUCUCCCUCAGUCGCGUCUGCAGCAGGUGGCGAACCAUGGCGCAAUCCGAUCCUCAGCUAUGGGCACCUCACUUGCUAUUCGACGUGGACGACCUGGUGACGGAUGUUGCGGCGGGCGUGCUGGGGCCCCAAGUGCGCGACUUCCGUUUGGCUGUGUUUUCCUACCUUGCGCAGUCUCGCUCUUUCCCUCUCACCCUCGAGGUCACGUGGGAGUCCCCGGGGCGUACCCCGCUGAAUCUCGAGAGGCACUCGAAGGAUGCACAUCUCCUCCUCAUGGUGCUCUACAAAAACUUCUGGAGGUGGGGGGAGUGCAUCAUCGCGGGCAAUGCCUUGAUGUAUAUGCUCAGAAAUCGCGAGCCAUGGCCUGACACACCCGAACUUCUGGUAUCCUGCUGCAUACUUGGCCAGAUGCGCGAUGACGACAGACUCUACAAUCUUUUCUCAGAUGCCCCGAAUCUUACACGCUGGACGCAGGACUUUAUGGCACUCGAGAUCGCUUUGCCGCUCUCGCAGCUCACCCACCUGAGAGCGGAUUCCAUUCGGUACCGCUUCAUGGCAGAGAUCCUUCGUUCCUGCGAGUCCCUCGAGGUGCUUGACGUCUCCAUAGUCGAUUAUGAAAAGUACACCUGCUAUAUCCCUGCGCAAGCCACGCUCCUCCACCUGCGGGCAUUCUCUCUCGCCGGUGCCACCUCUCUUGCGCUUAAUCGGAUCCUGCGCAGUCUCAGCGCGCCUACCUUGUCGCGAUUGACGCUGGGUCCGGGACCGUACGGUCAUCCGCACUUCACCAAGUCGGACUGGGAUGCUCUCGCUCCAAGCAUGCAUUCGUUCUUAGAACGUACCUCGGGUGGCGUAUCACUAUAUGUCAGCCCCUACGACGACAGAAUUGGGGAACUAUUGAAGAACCCAUGUGUCGUCGAGCUCGAUGGUCGUAGAUCAAUUGAGGUCGCCUGAAAAUUCUACUGGUGCAGACUCGGUUUUGAGAGGCGCGCGUGGCGAGGUUCGCAAUUGUCAAACGAGGUGAAAUUUAGAUGCUGUGGUGAUUGUAAUGGAAAACAGUCGCAGCCAUUAUAAAGAAAGUCAGUUGGAAUAUGGCAAGGUCGUUCGCAAAUCGACGGGCUUCCUACUAUGUU